CUAUUGCUCUGAUGGUAUGGUCCGGGAUGGUCAAUACAGCAUCCUUUUAAGCCCUCAGUCUUGCAGUAAUGUGGUCUGAUGUUCCCUAGGGCGGGUCACUUUAUCUCCCCUUGGUUUGCUCCUUCCAUCUCAUCUCUGUUACAUGCAGCGAACAUAUUCAGACACAACACAAUAGGAUUCACACACCCAGAUUUCUGCAGGACACGCCACUGCGUACUGUUGUUUUGCUUUUGACUUCAAGUUUUUGUCAAGAGGAUAAUCUGAAAGAGGAGGAAAUCUUUCUGAUCACUGCAGAGAGAGGUAAAGAUGGAGAUGUCCGACUUCUCCCUGGAGGCAGACGACAGGACAAAGGAGGAGAGAAUGCAGCAAAGACCACCAAAGAAGUCUGGUUUGCUCUAUGCUUGCUGUUUCGGGGAGGCCCCCAUGGCUACCAUGGACACUGUUUACCAGGAGGAAAUGGAGCCCAUCGCUCCUAAAGUCAGAAUCAAUCUCGGCUUUUAUAAAGCGAGUCAAGGUGAAACGGAGGCCCAGCAGAAUGAAGACAGCAAGAGAUUUACCAAUGCUAGCUUGUUUGAGGCAGUGGCCAGCAGGGAUGUCAGACAGCUGGACGGCCUGCAGCUGUACCUGCACCAAAACAGGAAGAAACUCUCGGACUCCUUGUAUCAGUCGUACGGCAAAACACCCCUAAUGAAGGCUCUGCUGCACCUCAAAGACAACAAGAAUGAGACUGUGGAAUUGUUAAUUGACAUUUCAGAGAAGAUGGGCGACAUUAAAAAGUUUGUGAACGCAGCCUACACCAAAAGCUAUUACGAAGGCCAGACAGCGCUGCACAUAGCCAUCGAGAGGAGGAGUCUUUUCUAUGUAAAACUACUGGUCAGUAAAGGAGCCAAUGUCCACGCCAAAGCCUGUGGAAAAUUCUUCCAGCCACAUGACGGCCCCUACUUUUACUUUGGUGAGCUGCCUCUGUCUCUGGCAGCCUGCACCAACCAGGCCGACAUGGUGGACUUCCUGAUGGAGAACGAGUACCAGCCAGCGGACCCAAAGCUGGUGGACUCACAGGGCAACACGGUCCUACACGCUCUGGUGGCGGUAGCUGUAGCUGACAAGUCUAAGGAGAACACAGAGUUCAUCACUAACAUGUACGACCGCAUCCUCAAGAUCACCGCCAGACUGUAUCCAAAGUUGAAGCUGGAGGACAUCGUGAACAGUGAGGGUCUAACACCUCUCAAAAUGGCUGCCAAGAUGGGCAAGACAGGGGUUUUUUCACAUAUCCUGAAACGGGAAUUCCAAGAGAGCCACAAUAAACAUUUGUCCCGUAAAUUCACUGAAUGGGUUUACGGGCCCGUCCACUGCUCCCUGUACGACCUGGCCUCUGUGGACUCAUGUGAGGACAACUCGGUCCUCGAGAUACUGAUCUACGGCAGCGACAUUCCCAACCGUCACGAGAUGCUCCAGACGGAGCCUCUGAGCCGGCUGCUGGAGGAGAAGUGGAAGAGGUUUGCAGGUCGAAUGUUUUGCUUCAACUUCCUAGUCUACCUCACGUACCUGAUCAUCUUCACCAUUGUGGCCUACAAUAAGAGGCCUGGAAAGCCACCGUUUCCCCGAGAACACACUACAGAGGGUUACCUGUAUGUCUCAGGCCAGCUACUGACAGCACUGGCAAACUGCUUUUUCUUUUGCACAGGGAUAAUUGAUAUGAAGAGGAAGCGGCCGAAGCUGCAGACCUUGCUGAUUGAUGGAUAUUACGAGAUUCUUUUUUUUUCGCAGGCCAUCCUCUUCCUGGCCUCGACCAUGCUGUAUAUGUGCGGGCGACAGGAGUACCUCGGCUUCUUGGUGCUGUGUCUUGCUCUGAGCUGGGUGAACCUGCUCUACUACUCCAGGGGUGACAGACACAUGGGCAUCUACAGUGUAAUGAUACAGAAGAUGAUCCUCAGUGAUAUCCUGCGCUUCCUAUUUGUCUACGUUGUCUUCCUCUUUGGAUUUUCAGCAGCGGUGGUCACCCUGCUCAUAGAGCCUCCUGCGAGAAACACGACUGAAAGUAGUACACGGAUGGGUCUCUAUGGUCCCACUGGCUCUGAUGAGGAGUGCGUGAAACCCACCUUCAGAAACAUCUCUUACACCACGCUGCAGCUCUUCAAGUUCACCAUCGGCAUGGGUGACAUGGAGUUUACUGAGAGCUACCAGUACAAGGAGGUCUUCUACGUGCUCCUCAUCGGCUACAUCAUACUGACCUACAUCCUGCUGCUCAACAUGCUUAUCGCCCUCAUGAACCGCACCGUGGAGAAGAUCACCGCAGAGAGCACCAGCAUCUGGAAGCUGCAGAGAGCCAUCACUAUCCUGGACAUGGAGAAAAGGCUGCCUUGCUGUCUGAAGAGGAGGUUACGUUGUGGGGUGCUGAAAAAACUGGGCACAGCUCUUGGCGAUGACCUUCGCUGGUGUUUCAGAGUGGAGGAAGUCAACUGGAACAAAUGGAACAUCAACCUGGGCAAAAUCGAUGAGGAUCCCGGCUGUGAUCAUACAACAUCGCCUGGUUUACACUCCCCGCAGCGCAGACGAAACACAGGGAGGAGCUGGAGAGGCUUUUUCUUGGAAAGCAGACGGCAGCGGCGCACAACUCAGCCCACGGAGAUGAGUUUUGUGAACACCCCACAGGUCUAAAGAGACAGCAGAGAGCUUCACUCUCAGCCUGACGGACUGGAGCAACGAGGCGUUCAAACCUAAAGACAGUGUUCAGUUUCAGUUCCCCAAGAAAUUUAACCACCAUGUGUUAACUGCCUUUCUGAUACUGACUGAUACUCCACUGCCAGCCUGAUCUUCAUCUCUGAAGCAAUAUUUCACCGACAUGAGCAUAGGCGAGGAGGAUUUUGUAGAUAUGUCUGACUGAUAUAAUUAUAUUAACAGGUAGAAAUUGUGAAUGCUGAAUGCAGCAAGGAAAACAUGCAUCUGAAAUACAGUUAAUUAACCAAACCAUUUAAUCCAAAGGCUUAUGCGCAUGCUGUUUCUGCCAGGAUGCACAUCCUCUCUGCAAAAAAAAAAAAAAAGGUCAUAACCUGCCAGCACCUAUGGCAUCGCUCAAAAUCCUUCAUGGAGUAAUA